AUGAGGUUUAUGGUCAAUCUUACCACAGUUAACUGCAAUAAUAUUAAUAUUAAAAUUAGUGAUUCCAAACAUUAUAGAAAUUCAGUUAUUAGCUCUCAACUUAUGAGAAAAUCUUAUUUGUAGACUACACCACUUGCAUCAUCAAGAAGAUAAGAGGAUGCUUUGUCUGUUAUAUCUGGCUAAAGCUCGUAAAGGAUGAGAUCUACAGGAAAUUAAAAAUUUUUAAAUACAAAUGUUUCAGUGCGUAGAUCUUAAUUAUUUGAUGCAUCAAAGUAUGUUUGCGAAGAAUUAGAUGCUGAACAAAUUAUAUAACUAAGAGAGGUUUUUAAUAGGUGGGAUUAAGAUUAAAGUGGUACACUAGCCCCUAAUGAAUUAAAGCUAGCACUAAUGCAAUAUGAAAAAAAUAUUUCAUAAACAUAAAUAAAUUAAUUGUUAGGUGUAGUCGAUAUUGAAGAAAAGGGUGAAAUUGACUUUGAAAAUUUUAUAAGCAUCUAUAAAAGAGAAGUUAUUUUAAAAUUCAUUAACAUUAUGUAUAGUUAAUAUGACAUUAAAAAGUAAGGAUACAUAACAGUUUAAGAUUUAACAUAAUUUACUGAAAGAAAGCUUAAAAAGAAAGAAAACGAAGAAACUUUAAUUAAAAUAAUUUAAACUGUUGGAAAUGGUUAACAAAUAACAAAGAGCUAAUUUACAGCUGUAAUGCUAAAUCAUUUUAAAAUGUUAAGAAACUCUUGA